AUGCUCUACUGCCCUAUCCUCCAGCGACUACUGACCCCCAUGUGUGCCAAGAGAGGUGCAGACCCUGAGAUCAUCACUUCGGCUCUCCGGAUCCGCAAAGCCGCAUCUGCUCCAGCUGACGCACCAAGAGACAUCAUUGCAGUGAUGAAAGACAUUGCAGCUCGGUCCGCUAUAAUGUCCUCUAGAGAGCUUGGUAGUGUCCACUUUCAGGACUGCACCAUAGCAAUCUAUGGAGACCUUCCGAUCACUGUGCUGGCAGCAAAGAGGCAACUGGCAGCAGCUGCAAGAUGGCUGCAGGAAGCAGCAAUUAAAUAUAGGUGGGGGGCAGACUGCUCACUAACUGUUCAGAAGGGAGAUAAAACACUCACCUUACUCUCCACUGGAGACCAGGCGACCUUUCUUCAACACCUAUAUUUGCCAGAUCCAGACCCAAAAUGUGCCCAUAAUGCUUAG